UAACUCAAACUCAGAUGUUCGGUUGCGAAGCAUCAGGCAACUUUUAAAAAACUUUAGUGUAACCAAUGUUUGGCUUUUAUCUAAACAGAGGUUCAGUGGUGUCUUGCAGAGUUCAGAUUCUUACCGUCUGAGAAUAAAGACUGCUUAGUCUUUGACCCAAGCAGUAAAAGAUUUUAAGCAUCAAAGCACUUGUCUGGUGUUGCAUUUGUUGCCAGUUUUUUUUAUUUUUUAUUUUUUGUCUUAUUAAACUGCCAGCGUUCAUACUCUUAACUCUGUACAGAUAAAGAGUCCCAAAUUGUUCUUUUGCAUUUAUUUCAUUUAUUUUCAUAGUAUUGUAUUCAUGAGUUAAUGUUCCUAACAUACAUAAUCAGUGGAAGAGAAAUACAUGACUUUUGAGAGCUUAUGAAGAUUCUUCUAGUCUUUUAAAUAAAAGCCAUGUAGGUUAUAAAAAUAUAUUAUAGUGAGUGGAACUUUGUUUUAAACUAUGGUCAAUUCAUAACUCAAAAUGACACUUUACAAUGAAGAGCUUCUUUAUCUUUAUGUGCUGUGAUGAUGCUCAUGUAAAGAAUACUCCACUAAAAUCCCAUUUAGGGUCCUGUUCCCAAAGAGCAUUUUAGUUCCAUAUCUGUUACCAGGUAAGUGCUGUGGAUCUACGGUACAUAAGGAUUAUAUUGAUAAAACAAUCCCAUUUACUUUCUGUGUGUACUUUCUCAUUAAAGGCACUUUUGUCAGUUUACAUGGGUUGGCUCUGAUAGUUUGUAGCUAUCAGUAAAAAUGGAAAAAAAAUAAGAUUGCCUUGCUGUAGAUGGGUGGAUUACCAGAAACGCUAGAAACCAUUUCCCCUAAGGUCUUUGUUUACUUUUGAUUUCUCUGAAGACAUUCCUUAAAGUUUCUGUUUGUAUAAUGAAACUAAACCCCUACGUCACUCACUGGUCUGGUUUCCAAACACCUUUGUUGACCAACCCAAGAAAAAUAAAGCUUUGAAUUAAACAUUUUCCAGGUUUUUGAUGCAACCGUUCUGUGUGGAGUUGAGGACCCAGCUGUGGGCAGGAUAUAGAAAGCAUCAUUUUUAAAGUGCAACAAGAGAUUGAUUAUUUUCUUCCAGAACACUAUUAAUUUCUGCAAACUCAGACAAUUACAUACACUGAGCUUGCUAUGCAUUUAAGCAAUUUGAGAAAGUCAUUACUUUGUACACAUUUAAAUUACUUGAGCCAAACUUAUAGAUUUAUUUUAUAGCAACACAUCAAACUCAGUGCCUCUUUGUGUGCCAUCAUGGAAAUUGAGAUCACACAAGGAAGUCUAGUUUAUCUUUCGGAAUAACUUCCAGAUGUCGGAAGGUGUGAUACAGAUAUUCACAGACAAUUAUGUGAAUAUAAACAUGGGAAUUUCCAGCCAUUUGUCUCAUAGAUUAUAUUCUGGUGAAUAGUAUGGGCUUCAACCAAGAACAACAGCAAAAGACUUUGUGAAGAUGAGUAAACCUGGUGAGAAAAUUUUACUAUCCACUGAGAGUCCAGCACCAACAUGGACUAAAAGGCCAUUUGGAGAAGAAGAAACCAUACAUUAUGUCAAAUGAAAGAUAAAGCUAACCAUAUUGCUAAAUUAGCUACAAACUGGGUUAAAGGCAACAAUUUCAACCUUGUGGAGAGGACAUCACAAAGUCCUGAUCUCAGUUCUGUUUUUUUUUUAAAACUCUGCAGAUUUGUUUAUUAGGUACGUUUUCCGUUGAGGAAAAGAAAAACGUAACUAAUCAAAGGCUAGAUUCACAGCUAAGAGACUUGCAAAAUUUAACUAAGCCUGACACAUUAGUUUGGAAACAUUAAAUUAAUAUAACUAGAUAAAAAAGAGCCCUUUAUUUGGCAGUCACAGUGACAUCAUGAACAUAUAUAACAGAAAGUGUUUUGGUUGGCCCCUCCUAAGUAUCCAUCUGACAACGUGUGUCGGUAUAUAUACCAAUGGCGAGUGGCCAAAUAAAUAUUACAUAUCUUAGAAUUUCUCAAACUUUUCAUCCGGCAUUCCACCUUAAAGGUUGUGGCACAUAAUUAAAAACAAACAAAUAAUAAUAAAAAAAAAUCUACUCUGCAUGAAACAUGCUGCAAUAAAGCUGCUGCAUCAGGGCUGUUUCGUUUUCUUUUAACUGUGACAGCUUUGUUUAACAGUAGCUCUAGAUUUAUGACGUACUUUGGACUAAAAUUAAGCUGAAAGUAAAUUUCAGCUCACAUACCGGAGCUUCGUAGUUGUGAAGUUACUCUGUGAAACUAUUCCCUUUCUCUGAAAUGAAGGAAAGUUACUUGGAAUCUUCAUCUGUCACAGAAUUAACCUUCUGAAAAGAAACUACAGAAAAAUGAGAACCAUGAAGAGUCUAAAUCACAAGGAAGCUGCAUGUGGGCCCCAUCUGGAUUGUGUUUAGACUAGAUGAGCACAUGGUGGGUUUACACUUAAAGUCUACUAUUUGUUUUGAACACACAUGUUUAUAAGGAGAAGUUACAUCAGCAAGCAAAUUAGAGACUGUAUAUAGGUCUGAGUUAGCAUAAAGGCAAUAUUUUUAAUUUGUGCAGCAUAUCUAGAACCCUUAAAGAUUUCACAUUUUUUCAGCCCUGGGUAUAAGGUGUACCAAACACUAAUCUUUUUCCUCUCCCUCAAACACAUAUUUUAAAUUUAAGAUGACGUCAAUACAAAUUACUAUUCUGGACAGACUUUGCAUAAGACACCAUCAAAAUUAACCAGGUACAGUGUUGUCCCCGUCAUUCACCUCUAAGAUUAUCUAGACAUUCUCCUCUGUACUUUUCAUUCUGGAAAAUUUUGGUUUACAUUUGUAAUAUGUUUUGUAAAUGCAUUUAUUUUUGCUUUUUACUUUUAGCUUUACUGCAUAUUCCAUCUCAUUCAUUUGAUGACUGUUGCACAAAAUGUGUUCCAGAAAUAAAAUUAAUUUCCUUGACUUGCCAACAGUUUCCUCUAAGAUUGGUCACCACCUUCAUAAUCCACAUUUUCUCAUUGCUAGUCAGGAAAGGAAAAACUGACAUGAUCCGUCAAACCUUUUAAAUGAAACUUUAACAAUUGGAAUUUUUUUUUUUUUAAUGGAAGUUUUAAUAUUAAUGGAAAAAGAAGUUUAAGUGAUUCCUGUUAUAGUCUGUUGCUGUUUUUAAACCUCAGCCUGGCCUUUCUGUUAUGCUCCCAUCUUACUUGCUUUAUCAUUGAACUUCAAGCAAACCUUCAGUCCAAAGGUUUAGAUCUCCUUAUUGAAAAUGUGUAUGCUUAUCAAUUUGUUCCCAGCUCCAAGAUUUAUGACUGUGAUCAACCAGUGCUAUCUUGUCCAAUUUUAUUCAACAUGAGUCAAUAUUUCUUACAAAUUUAGCUAUUUUUACAAACGAUUCACCGCCUAACUGUGUACCAAGCUAGUAACUGAUCUUUGUGCUUGACGAACAGCAAUCUGACAUUUACAGAGAAAAUCCAAACCUUUAUCCUACAGGCUGAGGUAUUGAUUACACAUUGCUUCCUGUGUUCGUUCUGCUGUCCCUUUCUUCUGUCAUAUACCGCAAUGAGCCUCUGAAGUUGAAAAUUGUGAUAAUGAACAUUGUCAAUUUGAAACGUGAUUGUUAUAAACACAGAAAUGUGAUGUUAUCUCUUAUUUCUGGUAAUCAGUUACUCUUUUAUUCCCUGCUGCUGGUCCAGAGGUCACUGCACAGAUAUAUUUGUUGUCUUGCCUCCUCUCUCUUUCUGUCUGUUAUCUGUCUCUCUGUUUUUGAAUUGUGUGACUGUAAAAGCAAAAGAUCCAUUAUAGCCAUGGACUGGGUAUCCUGGUUACAGAAAAACAAGAAGAAAAUCAUAAUUGGGGUCGUGGCUGCAGCAAUCGUGACUUUAAUCCUUGGUUUGGGUCUUGGACUGGGCUUGCGGAAAGAUAAACCUGAAGUCCAACAGUGGGAAUGUUCGGAAAAACGCUGUGGUGAAAAGAGGCAGGCGAAGAACAAAUGUCACUGUGACAAUGGUUGUCUGUCUGCAGGAGAUUGCUGCUCCAACUACAAACACGUUUGUCAUGGAGAAACAGAGUGGGUAGAGGAUCAAUGUGACGACUUGUCAGCUCCUAAAUGUCCUGAAGGCUUUAAGCGACAGCCGCUGCUGCUGGUGUCUCUGGAUGGACUAAGGGCUGAAUACCUGCAGACAUGGAGUGAUGUCAUCCCUGUCUUGAACAAACUCAGAAGCUGUGGAACAUCAACUCCCUACAUGCAGGCAGCAUUUCCAAGCAAGACUUUUCCUAAUCACUACACCAUUGUUACGGGUCUGUAUCCAGAGUCCAAUGGUUUGAUUGACAACAAUAUGUACGAUCCAGUGUUUGAUGCCUCGUUCAGCCUGGGCAAUGAUGAGAAGAACAACCCGGCCUGGUACCUUGGACAACCUAUUUGGAACACAGCUAUGCAUCAAGGUCUGAAAUCUGGAACCUUUUUCUGGCCAGGAUCGGAUGUCAAAAUCAACGGAAGUUUUCCUGACAUCUACAAGCCUUACGAUGGAAAUGUGCCGUUUGAAGAAAGAGUAUUUACAAUUCUGAAGUGGCUGCAGCUGCCAGAUAAUGAGAGGCCUGAUUUCUACACACUCUAUCUGGAGGAACCUGAUAAAUCCGGGCACAACUUUGGUCCCGUCGACGCAAAGAUAAGCACAGCAAUCCAGGGAGUGGAUAAAAUAAUGGGUCAGCUCAUGAAUGGCCUCAAGCAAAUUGACCUGCAUCGCUGUCUCAACAUCAUUGUUGUUGCUGAUCAUGGUAUGGAGGAGAUCAGCUGCGACAGAAAGGAGGUGAUGCAGGAUCUGGUGGGAAACAUCAGUAAUUAUUUUGUGAACGAGGGGCCAUUUGGACGCAUCAGAGCCAAGAAUAAAGACUUUGUGUUGGACCCUGCUGGACUUGUUGCUAAUAUGAGUUGCAAGAAGCGGGACCAGAAGAUCACACCGUACUUGAAGUCCAACCUACCAAAGCGGCUCCACUACGCCAACAGUCGCCGCAUUGAAGACGUCACUGUACUGGUGGAGCCAAAAUGGCAGUUUGAGAGAUUUUCAGGAUCACUUAAAUUCUGCUCAGGUGGGAAUCACGGCUAUGACAACGAUGUUGACAGCAUGCAUGCAAUGUUUCUCAGCUAUGGACCAAAGUUUCAGCAAAAUACCUCGAUUGAACCCUUUGCUAACAUUGAGCUUUACAACUUAAUGUGCGACGUGCUAGAGAUCUCUCCAUAUAACAACAACGGCACACAUGGCAGCAUGAAUCACGUUCUUAGCAAGACGUUUUACAACCCCACUCACCCUGCGGAGCAAAGUAAGCCGACUCAGUGCCCGUUCAUCAGUCUAACUCCUGAAGACGAGCUGGGAUGCAAAUGCCCAGCCCUGACUGCACAUGAAUUUAACAGCCGUUUGAACUUGACUUUAGAGGAAAAAUCUGCUUCAGAAAAGAAGCACAUGCUGUUUGGUCGUCCCCAAAUGCUGCAGCCUGACAGCGGUUAUUGCAUCCUCCACCAAGAAGGAUUCAUCAGCGGCUACAGUCAUGAAGUCCUCAUGCCUCUCUGGAGCUCAUUCACCAUCGACAAACCUGCCAACUUGGACCCAUUACCAGCAGUAAUACCCAACUGUUUGAGGGCUGAUGUGAGAUUGCCAGAACACCAGAGUCCCAGAUGUGAUCAGUUUGAAACUGCUGGCAAUUUGACUCAUGCUUUCCUGUACCCACCAAAUCUAAAUAUAACAGAGGAACAGCAGUACGAUGCCUUAACAAUGAGCAAUGUUGCCCCGAUGUACCCUGCAUUUAAGAGGAUUUGGGAUUACCUCCACAACACUUUGCUAAAGAAAUAUGCUUCCAUAUACAAUGGCAUUAAUGUGGUGACUGGACCAGUCUUUGAUUACAAUUAUGAUGGCCAAUAUGACACGAUAGAGCAGAUGCAGCAGUUUGUACCUGGAACCAACAUAACAAUCCCCACACAUUACUUUGUGGUGUUAACAAGCUGCAAGAACGCAGGACAGCCAGUGAGCUCUUGUGAUGGUGAACUGCAGACGGUGUCUUUCCUCCUUCCCCACAGAGCUGACAACAUGGAAAGAUGCAAAAAGUUUUUAACCAUCUCAACCGAGCUGAUCAUCCUCCUCUCCUCCUGGUUGGCGAACGGCGUCGCCUCCCAGCUGACCUACGAAGUCACCGACCCGAUCACCGGCAACCCUCUGCUCUGUGACCGCUGCCCGCCGGGAACCUUCCUGCGCGCCAGCUGCUCCUCCAUCAAAGAGAGGGAGUGCGCUCCGUGUCCACAGGGCUCCUUCACGGAGCUCUGGAACUACAUCGGGAAAUGUUUGCGCUGCGGAGUCUGCGGGCGGAACCAGGUGGUGAAGAAGGAAUGCACCGCAAACAGCGACUGUCAGUGCGAGUGCAAACCGGGUUACUUCUACAGUCAGGACUACGACAUGUGCGUCCGACACAGCGAGUGUCCCUCUGGGCAGGGAGUGCUCACCAAAGGAACAGCCGAGAAAGACACGGUGUGCAGCGUCUGCUCUGAAGGCACCUUCUCUGACAUUUCCUCCACUCAUCAAAACUGCACUCAGCACAAGAACUGCAGCGAUGCAGGACUGCAGUUAGUGCUGAGAGGAUCCUCCUGGCAUGACAGUGUGUGUGCAAACUGUCAACAGCUCAAAGAUGGAGCCGAAUACCUCAAAGAAAUCAUCCCAUCUUUUUUCAUUCACCACAAAAUGAACAUCAAACGGCUGCGACGAAUUGUACACAGGCUCCCAUCUGAGGACGGCAGAAAAGCAAGAGAGAAACGGGAGCUCAACUUCUCCGAACUCCAUUCACGCAUUUGCAGUUGGGUGUCAUCGGCCACAGCGGCACAAAUUCAGCAGCUUCCAGACAUAGUGAAUAAAAUGGGAGCAACUGCUGCUAGCGAGAAGCUGCAGAGCAAGCUCAACAGCAUUCAAACACAUCUGACAGAGAGCUGUCAUUCUGAGAUCUUGAGUAAUGAUAUCUUAAGUUAAUCCAUAACAAUUUGACCCAGAAAUAUGAACUGUACCACAUGCAGGACGUAAAGAUGCUAGGGGGCAUGAAAUCCUGUGCUUAAAGCAACAACUAUCUCAAUAGUUUGUGUUUAAAAUUACUGGGAAAAAACCAAGGAAAUACCUAAAAAGUAGAAAACUGAGAAGUUUAAAUAUUUUAAAACAAACUGACACUCAUUAACACUUCCCUGAUAUACCUCAUGUGGAGGUUUAAACUUAUGAAAAGAGCAUUUAAGUAAAUGAAGUACUUAUAAAUGCUCAAGGGUAAUUUUGUUCUUCAUUUUGCUAAUUUUGCUUCAUUUUCGGAUUAGUUUUGGAUAAUUGGUAAAUUGCAUCCGAUGCAUCUGUUUUAGUCAUAAUAUGUUCAUGGAAUUAACUGGAAACAAUUCACAUUUGGGGAAAUAAAGCUUAUAGAAUGAAGUGUUAUGUAAAGAUUAGAAGAAUGAUCAAAUUUCUAAGAUAAAGCUGUCGGAUUCAGAGACGUACUCCACCAAGGCAUCUGCAUUUAGAGAAUUUAGCUCUAAGACAAAGUAACAGCCCACAAACAAAACCCAAUCUAUUUUUUUUUAUAUCCAUUGCUGUACCGACAUUCUUGUAAGUCAGAGAUGUUUUACAGUUUCUUUUUAUAUAUUUCCAGCAUUUCUGCUUUUGGGGUGCACAGUUGAUAUUUAUAUUUUAUUAGUUGUACAUAAUUGACAUAGCCAUUUACUUUACCUACCUGUUCAUGUUCUGGGUUAUGGACUAGGAAUGCUUGUGUGGUGUAUGUUCCCCCACCUGCUUUGUUUCUCAUCUUGACUACUCCAAAGCGCUGGGAUGCGACCAAGAGUCAAGCUUUUUUGUCAUUUUUUUUACUGAGGUACUUGUAAGCCAGAGGGGGCAGAUGUUUUACAGUUUAUUUUUGUGUAUUUCCAACUUUUCUGUUUUUUGAGUGCAUUGCCUGUACAAGCUUGAGCUCUUUUGUGAGGAUGAUGUGGAAUAGUUAAGUUAAGUCAUAGAAACACUUGUCUUACUUUGCUCUACUUUUCACUAUUUCUUUAGAAUAUUGGUCUUUAACUUUUUUAUAAUAAAACAUAAGGAAAAGAGGUUGUUUUUUUUCUAUGACUUUCUUUUUAUGUGUAUGAAAAAAACCUGCACUAACACUUGGGCAGCAUGAAGUAUCAGCUUGUUGUUUAUAUUUUUAAAAUUCGUGGUAAGGAGUGAAGCAGCAUCUGUGCUCCUUUUUCUAUUGUAUGUAAAAAUGAUCCUAAUUUAUAUUUUCUAUUUAUAUGAAGGAGGUAAAAUAUGAAGUCAGUAGAACUUUUUGUUUUUACUUUUGCUUUGUAUAUUCAAUAAAUAUAAUUUUACACUUCUG